UCUGCCUCCUGAGUGCUGGGAUUAAAGGUGCAUGCCACCACACCCGGCUCAUUUGUUUUUCUCUUAAAGACUGGUUCUUCACCAGAGUCACGAGCUUGGAAGCCCGGGUCUGGGGGUGGGGUGGUCUGCCUCCUAGCUGGAAGUCUCUAUAUUGGGUUCUAUUCGUCAGUACUCCAGUCUCUGGGUCCUUGGAAAGAGAGGCCCGUUGUGGCCCUGCGGGCGGGCUGCAUGCUUUAAUGGGACACAUGUUGCUGCAUGGCCCCCACAGGCCCUGCUGGCGACUGGCUUUGAGAAACCACAGGCAGAAAAUUGCUACAUUGUCCCGACAUUAGGGCGACUAAUUCAGCAUCUCAGCGUGGCCAGAGCGUGAAAGGCAUCGCUGGCCAGCACUCCUCGCCUCAGCGUCUUCAUCAGGCCUCAGGACACCUAGGGCACCAUCAUCAUCAUUUAGGGUGGCACGCAGCACACAAAGCUCCCUGUGACAUUGGAGGACCACCAGAGGAAUGUUGGGAGAUAAGAAGCCAGGACUUGGCAAGUAGAGACAGAGGGGAGACCUACAGUCCUGGCUCAACAGUGCCUGGAGAGGAUGGUUUGGGGGAAGUCUUCAUACUGGAGCAGUGGUGAGUCAAGGAAGAAAUUAAAAAAAUAAAUAAAUAAAAAAGGAAAGGAAUCCUUAGAGCUGCAGAAAGCGUCUUGAAAGCCAGAGGCAGCCUGGGCUAUUGGAAGGGGCCUCGCAGAGGGAUAUAGGGGCAGCUCUCCGGCAUCCCCUUUCCAUCCCCUCCCCCUCUGGGUUUUUCCAGUUCCUAGAGCCUCAUUGACAUGUAAACGAGGUACCCCUAUAAAGGCAAUGCAGCCUACUGUCUGUGCAGACAUCACAAAAUGGGCACUGAGCCCACAUCCAGGGGCAGCCCCAGUGGCCCAGCCAGCAGCUUCCGAAAGGUUUGGGGUCCUGAAGGGUAUGGGAUGAGAACUCCUGGGGUGGGAAUCCCUGGGCUGGAGGGAGUGGAGGCCUGGAAAGGUAGGGCCUUCCCUCUAAAAACUACUGGCUGGCCUGCAGAUCUCCAAGCCUCUGAUGGAGAAGAAGCGCCGGGCACGCAUCAACAUGUCCCUGGAGCAGCUCAAGUCUCUUCUGGAGAGACACUACUCGCAUCAGAUACGGAAACGGAAGUUGGAAAAGGCUGACAUCCUAGAGCUGAGUGUCAAGUACAUGAAAAGCCUUCAGAAUUCAUUGCAAGGACUCUGGCCAGUACCCAGUGGGGUCGACUACCCGUCUGGCUUCCAGGGCUGCUUGCCCGGCGUGAGCCAGCGGCUUCGGCGCGGAGAGGAUGGCAGCGGCCUGCGCUGCCCCCUGGUGCUGGAGCGCAGGGCAGCCAGCACCACGGACAGCGCCAGCCCGCAGGCGGUCUCUGUUCUCAGCCCCUGCCUCCCGGCCAUCUGGGCCCCUGCUUCCGCUGCAGGUGGCUCCCAGUCCCCGCUGUCCCCGCUCCCUCUCCCUAGAGGACUCCCUGAGUCCUCCACCGGCGUUCCGGCACCACAACCCGUGUCGAGCUGCCAGACCGAGAGCCCGAGACCCGGGCUUGGGGUGUGGCGGCCCUGGUGAGGCCUAGGCAAGGAUUCAGACUCAAGAUCCCCCACCCCCGCCCCAUCACCCGCCGUCUAGUCUGGGGACACAGAAACUAUUUGGGACGCACCCAUGGUGACUGCAGGAACUCUUUCAAUCGGUGGCCUGGUGGGGCUGCAGGAAAAUCCACGCAGCCACUUGCGGAUGGGGUCUAGGUGAAUUCACCCACUCCGGCCCCAUCCACCAGCCAGACCAGCUCCCCUCCUCCCACCUCUAGUGGAGCUAGGAGGGGACGUGUGGACUGUGCCCCUUUCCCAGGGACCCGGGGCUGGCAUUCCGCCCCUGCCCCCCUCUCCACGGCUGCGUCACGGUGGGAAGGUCGCGGUCGCCAGCGGCGCAGAGCGGACCCCUCGCAGCGAGGAGAAUCGCUGCCCCGCCCUGGCCCAUUCAACCGGCCUCGGGCGCUCUGUUCCCACGGGCACAAAGCGCGCAGGGCCCCGCCCCUCCAGCAAGAAGCUCCCAUCCCAUCUCACCCCCACCCAAGACCUUCUCACUACCAUCGCAACCCACUCCCUCUGCACGGGGCCCACCCUGCGGUGGCGCUCUCCAAGGCCCUCCCUUCGCAGAUGCUCACGGCUGCGGGGUCCUGGCGCGCAGCGCCGGCUCCGCCCCUAAGGUGCAUUGAGUGCUCCGCCGCCUUGCCUCGCCUCGCCACAAUUUCUGCGUGGCACUGCCAGCGCGAACCUCGGGACUUCCGCUGAGAUCUGCGCACUUUGUGUUCUCCAAAGACCGGUACCCGGGACCACAUAGUACCGUCUGAGCCCCAGACUCUGCUCCUGUUACCAUGCCAUGCGCGGCGACUACGGAGGGGAGAGAUCAGUUUUUUGCUCCCAGACUCCUGUCGUGAGCCAGCCUGGGGUCCAGUCAGAAACCCCUGCACCUCCUAGUACCAACGUGCAAUUCUGAAUAAAGACUGGGUGUUAAGUACAGACUGAGACGUGAGUGCACCACAAACUACCUUAGGGUAAUGUCAAGUUUGGGGC